AUCACAUCAGUUGCGCGCGUUGUCCACUUCUUGCGCCUUCAUGUUGUCGGCAAGACUAUCACGUCUGCAGCCGCCCAGGAAGAUGCGAAUGUGUUUGGGAAAGUCGGAACUUCGGCAACCGAGUUUACGAAGGCAGUUAAGGGCAAGAAGGUCCUGUCGGCGGGGACUCAGGGGAAAUACUUCUGGCUCGUUCUCGACAAGUCUCCGCAUCCCGUGAUGCAUUUCGGCAUGACUGGUUGGAUCCAUAUUCGCGGUGAAAAGACGGCAUAUACCAACUACUACAAGAAGAUGAAGGCCGACGAGAUGGAUAUCUGGCCGCCAAAGUUUUGGAAAUUCCAACUAGAUCUAAGCGGCGGCGCCCGGGGCAAGGAAACGGCCCAGAUUGCCUUUACUGACCCUCGCCGCUUUGGUCGUGUGCGUCUUGUCGAUUGCCCUGGCGCAGAUAUCCGAAAGUAUUCGCCGCUGGUCGAGAACGGGCCAGAUCCUGUCGUCGAUAAUGAUGUCUUCACCGAGGACUACCUGAAACAGAAGAUGCGAUAUCGUCACGUCCCCAUCAAGGCCCUGCUCCUUGACCAGACCGUAAUCAGUGGCAUUGGCAACUGGGUGGGUGACGAAGUCCUCUUUCAUGCAAAGCUCCACCCAGAACAGUACUGCAAUGACUUCAGCGACGAAAGCAUAAGUCAACUCUACAAGUCCAUCCGCUAUGUGUGUCAGCUGGCCGUCGACAAACUUGGAGACUCCGACGAGUUCCCGAAAGACUGGCUGUUCAACCACCGCUGGGGCAAGGGAUCCAAAGGGGGCAGUCGACUCCCCAACGGCGAGAGGCUAGCCUUUCUAACAGUUGGAGGGCGGACAAGCUGUUAUGCUCCCGAUAUCCAGAAAAAGAGCGGAAAUGUCGCGCCAGGCAUCAAGGAGGAGCCCCUAGAAUCCGAGCCGGAUACUUCAAGCCCAAAGAAACAAGCUAGAUCCAAGGCGACCAAGAGUAAACAGGAUCAACCUCCGAUAAAAAGGAAGAAGGCAGUGGAUGAUGAGAAAGAGAAAGUGAAACCUGCAAAGAAGAGUAAACCCGAACCGACAAAGUCUUCGACACGUACCAAUAAAGCCAAGGUCGAGGUGAAAACUGAAACGGACGUCAAGGUCGAAGCGGGCAGGCGGCGAUCAGGAAGGCUCCAAGGAAAUUCCGUUUGA